AUGCAGUCUGGCGCCGGCGGAGGUGCCGGCGGCCCCACCGGCAGGGCCGGGAGGGCCGCUUCCACCUCAUCAGCAGCUGCAUCGCCUUCUUCCUCCUCCUCUGCUGUAUCCACCCCGCAGCAGCUGGGUUUCGAUUCGGUUCAGCACCAGCAGCAACAGCACCACCAGCAGCAGCAGCAAUUAGGGUCUAGGCAGGCCCUACAGCAGCACCUACUCAGGAAACCAGAAGGUAAUGAGGCGCUUUUAGCUUAUCAAGCUGCUGCUCUUCAUGGAGUCAUGGGUGGGGGCAAUUUCGCCCAAUCGCCGGGCUCAAUGCAACUGCCUCAACAGGCGAGGAAGUUCUUUGAUUUGGGUCAAGCUCAACAACACGGCUCUUCCCAGGAUCGCGAAAACAGAAGCCAUAUUCAAGACCAACAGGUUUUGACUCCUGCGCAUCAGGCAUAUCUCCAAUUUGCUUUCCCGAAUGCUCAACAUAAGUCAGCAACUGCUGUGCCAUCACAGCAACAAAUGAAAAUGGGAAUGUUGGGUUCUGCCACUGGCAAGGAUCAGGAUAUGUCUAUUGGAAAUUUGAAAAUUCAGGAACUCAUGUCCAUGCAAGCUGCUAAUCAUGCACAGGCAUCAUCCUCCAGGAAUACAUCAGAACAUUUUCCUCGUGGUGAAAAGCAGGUGGAACAAGGACAGCAGCCUGAUAAGAGGAAUGAGCAAAAGUCUCUGACCCAGCCACCUGUCAUGGGGCAACAAAUAUCCGGGAAUGCUCCAAGGCAGAUGCAGGCUCUACCAACUCAGCACACAAUGCAAAACCUACCAAACAACCAGCUCAUGGCUGCACAGUUUCAAGCAAUGCAGGCUAUGCAAGCACUGGCUCAGGAACGUAAUAUUGAUAUGUCGGUGCCUGCUAAUGCCAACUUGAUGGCACAGUUCCUUCCAUUGAUGCAGGCAAGGAUGGCUGCCCAACAGAAGGCAAAUGAAACCAAUGCUUCUGUUCAGCAGAGUGCUGUACCGGUGUCAAAGCAGCAGGUUACUUCUCCACCGAUGCAAAAUGAUUCACCACAUGCUAAUUCAUCGAGUGACGUAUCUGGGCAAUCUGGCUCUGCAAAAGCCAGGCAGCCUGUUGCACCGAGUCCUUUUGGCUCAACCUCUAGUCCUGGAAGUGUGAACAACAGUAAUAAUAACCUUGGAAUGCAGCAGCAUGCUUUUCACGGCAGAGAGAAUCAAGUGGCUACUAGACAAACAGCUGGACAUGGAAAUGGUAUGCCUCCGAUGCACCCUCCUCAAUCAUCCACAAAUAUAAUCCAAGGUUCGGAGCUGACAUUGCCUGUAAAAGGAGGCGCCUCAACUAGCCCAGAAACCUUUCAGAUGCAGCAUUUCAAGCAUUUGAAUCAAUCUUCUCAGCCUGCUAGUACUUCAAAUAAUGGAAGCUCCACCAACAAUUUACAAUUGCAAGGUGGACCAUCUCCUCAGUCAUCUCAGCAGCGUGGUUUCACAAAGCAGCAGUUGCAUGUUCUCAAAGCACAAAUCCUGGCAUUCAGAAGACUCAAGAAAGGUGAAGGCACUCUUCCGCAAGAGCUUCUUCAAUCUAUCAUUCCACCACCCCUUGAUCUGCAGCAACAACCACAGCAGCCGCCACUGCCGUUGUCGCAGCCGCGACAGCCACAGGCACAGCCGCAGCAAAUUGCUCCUCAAGGUGCAUGUAAUCAGGAAAGACCUGAUGGAAAACCUUCUGAAGAGCAAGUGAGGCAUGUAGAUUUGAGUGAGAAGGAAACUCGGUCAAUGCCACUGACAAAUGGGCUGAUUACUCCCAAAGAGGAAAAGCUUGCGCGUGCGGAGAAAGUGACUAUGUCAGCAAGUCAAUUGCAAGUUUCUGGUGCUGCAGUGAAUGAAACUACACCAGUGGGAGCUUCAACUAAAGAAGAUCAGCAAAGUCCAAUAUUUUCUCCCAAGUUAGAUCAGGAGGCUGAACAUGGCCCACAGAAAUCUCCUGUUAGAAGUGAUCUUCCAGCUGAUCGGGGGAAGACAGUUGCUCCACAGUUGCCUGUAUCUGAUGCAACCCAAGUUAGGAAACCAACACAAGCAAGCACUGCAUCGGGGCCCAAAGAUUCUAAUUCUGCAAGGAAGUACCAUGGUCCGCUUUUUGACUUUCCAUUUUUCACAAGGAAACAUGACUCAAUGAGUUCAUCUGGUAUGAUUAACACCAAUAACAACCUGACCCUGGCUUAUGAUGUUAAAGAUCUCCUUUUUGAAGAAGGCACAGAAGUUCUGAGCAUAAAAAGAUCAGAAAAUUUGAGGAAAAUUAGUGGUUUAUUGUCAGUAAAUCUAGAGAGGAAAAGGAUCAGGCCUGAUCUUGUGUUGCGGUUACAGAUUGAGGAAAAAAAGCUCAAGCUUUUGGAUCUACAGGCACGUAUACGAGAUGAGGUUGAUCAACAACAGCAGGAGAUAAUGCAAAUGCCGGACAGGCCUUAUCGGAAAUUUGUUAGACUAUGUGAGCGCCAACGGAUGGAGUUGACUAGACAAGUACAGUCUUCUCAAAAAGCAAUGAGAGAUAAGCAUCUGAAAUCUAUCUUCCAGUGGCGUAAGAAACUUCUUGAGGCUCACUGGGCUAUUCGUGAUGCACGGACUGCCCGAAAUAGAGGAGUUGCCAAAUACCAUGAGCGAAUGUUGAGGGAAUUCUCAAAAAGAAAAGAUGACGAUCGGAAUAAAAGAAUGGAGGCAUUGAAGAACAAUGAUGUUGAGAGGUACAGGGAAAUGCUCUUAGAGCAGCAGACUAGCAUGCCUGGUGAGGCAUCUGAGAGAUAUAAUGUUCUCUCGUCAUUCUUAACUCAGACAGAAGAAUACCUUAAUAAGCUUGGAAGUAAAAUAACUGCUGCUAAGAAUCAACAGGAAGUAGAAGAGGCGGCAAAUGCUGCUGCUGCAGCUGCAAGAUUGCAGGGACUCUCUGAAGAAGAGGUGAGGGCAGCAGCAACUUGUGCUGGAGAGGAAGUAAUGAUAAGAAACCGAUUUACGGAAAUGAAUGCACCUAGGGACGGUUCAUCUGUUAGCAAAUAUUACAAUCUCGCUCAUGCUGUGAAUGAAAGAGUCACAAGACAGCCUUCAAUGUUGCGAGCUGGAACGUUGAGAGAUUAUCAGCUUGUUGGAUUGCAGUGGAUGCUUUCUUUGUAUAACAACAAGCUGAAUGGGAUCUUGGCUGAUGAGAUGGGUCUUGGGAAGACUGUACAGGUCAUGGCAUUGAUAGCCCAUCUGAUGGAAUUUAAAGGAAACUAUGGACCACAUCUUAUUAUCGUGCCUAAUGCUGUUUUAGUGAAUUGGAAGAGUGAAUUCCACACCUGGCUGCCAUCUGCGUCGUGUAUCUUUUAUGUCGGGAACAAGGAACAAAGAUCCAAAUUGUUUUCUCAAGAGGUUUGUGCCAUGAAGUUCAACGUUCUUGUCACAACUUAUGAAUUUAUCAUGUACGAUCGCUCAAAACUUUCCAAAGUUGAUUGGAAAUAUAUUAUAAUCGACGAAGCACAGAGGAUGAAGGAUAGAGAAUCAGUUUUGGCCCGUGAUCUUGACAGAUAUCGAUGCCAGAGGCGCCUACUUCUCACUGGGACACCAUUGCAGAAUGAUUUGAAGGAGCUUUGGUCACUUUUGAAUCUGCUGCUGCCAGAAGUUUUUGACAAUCGGAAAGCAUUCCAUGAUUGGUUCUCAAAACCAUUUCAGAAGGAAGCCCCUACACACGAUGCAGAGGAUGAUUGGCUUGAGACUGAAAAGAAGGUAAUUGUUAUUCACAGACUUCAUCAGAUUUUGGAGCCUUUCAUGCUUCGGCGUCGUGUGGAAGAUGUGGAAGGUUCACUGCCGGCAAAGGAUUCCAUUGUCUUGAGAUGCAGAAUGUCUGCAUUCCAGAGUGCAAUUUAUGAUUGGAUUAAAUCUACUGGUACAAUUCGAGUGGAUCCUGAGGAUGAGAAGGUCAGGGUCCAGAAAAGUUCAAUAUACCAGGCUAAGGUGUAUAAAACUCUAAAUAAUAGAUGUAUGGAGCUUCGGAAAACUUGCAAUCAUCCUUUACUUAAUUAUCCAUAUUUUAAUGACUGCUCCAAGGAUUUCCUUGUUAGAUCUUGUGGGAAAUUAUGGAUUCUUGAUAGGAUCCUCAUGAAACUGCAUAGGACAGGACACCGAGUACUGCUGUUUAGUACUAUGACAAAACUUCUGGACAUAAUGGAGGAGUAUUUGCAAUGGAGGCGACUGGUAUACAGAAGGAUUGAUGGUACAACCAGCCUUGAAGAUCGUGAGGCAGCUAUUGUAGAGUUUAAUAGUCCUAAUUCUGACUGCUUCAUCUUCUUGCUCAGCAUCCGUGCAGCUGGAAGGGGUCUUAAUCUUCAAUCGGCCGACACAGUUAUCAUCUAUGAUCCUGAUCCGAACCCCAAAAAUGAGGAACAGGCAGUUGCAAGGGCCCACCGAAUUGGACAGAAAAGGGAAGUAAAAGUCAUUUACAUGGAAGCAGUCGUCAACAAAAUCCCUAGCCAUCAGAAAGAGGAUGAGUUUAGAAGUGGAGGUUCGGUUGAUCUAGAAGACGACCUGGCUGGUAAAGAUAGAUACAUGGGGUCCAUUGAGAGCCUCAUCAGGAACAACAUUCAACAAUAUAAGAUUGAUAUGGCUGAUGAGGUUAUCAAUGCUGGGCGUUUUGACCAAAGAACAACGCAUGAAGAGAGACGCAUGACUUUGGAAACACUGCUGCAUGAUGAAGAGAGGUAUCAGGAAACAGUCCAUGAUGUUCCUUCACUUCAACAAGUGAAUCGGAUGAUUGCUAGAAGUGAGGAGGAAAUCGAGUUGUUUGAUCAAAUGGAUGAAGAGCUAGACUGGGAAGAGGAGAUGACCAGGUAUGACCAGGUGCCUGAAUGGCUUCGUGCCAGUUCAAACGAUGUGAAUUCUGCAAUUGCGAAUCUCUCUAAGAAACCAUCAAAAUACAUGGUAUCUGCUGGAAAUUUGGUAGCGCAAGCCAGUGAAAACGAGCCAAGAAGGGGGCGGCCAAAGGCAAAAAAAUAUCCAAAUUACAAGGAAAUUGAUGAUGACAAUGGAGAAUAUUCAGAUGCAACUUCUGAUGAGAUAAAUAGAUAUUCUGCUCAUGAUGAAGAGGGCGAGAUUAGAGAAUUUGAAGAUGAUGAAUCUAGUGGUGCUGGUGAGGCACAAGCAAUCAAUAAGGACCAGUCAGAUGAUGAAGUUCCAGUAUGUGAUGGUGGGCAUGAGAAUCCCCAGGCUUCAGAUGGUAUUAGAGACAAUAGAAUUUUAGAGGAAGCUGGUUCCUCCGGAUCAUCCUCCAAUGGCAGUAAAAUGAUAAGGAUGGUGUCUCCAGUGUCUUCCCAAAAGUUUGGAUCUUUGUCUGCCUUAGAUGCUAGACCAGGUUCUCUUUCUAAGCGACUGCCAGAUGAGCUGGAGGAGGGGGAGAUAGUAAUGUCUGGAGAUUCUCACAUGGAUCGCCAGCAAUCAGGAAGUUGGAUUCAUGAGCGUGAUGAAGGUGAAGAUGAACAGGUUUUGCAACCCAAAAUAAAACGGAAACGAAGCAUUCGGCUUCGACCUCGACAUAUUCUAGAGAAGACAGAGGAGAAGCCUAUUAAUGAGGUUCAACGUGGAGAUUCUUCUCCUUCACCUUUCCACAUGGAACACAAGUAUCAAGCGCAGUUAAGGAGUGAUCUAGAAACCCGAGAAAUAAAUGCUGUCAAGAAUGAUCAAAGCGAUUCUUCUAAAAGUAGGCGAAAUUUACCCACUAGGAGAGCAGCUAGUGCAUCGAAGUUGCAUGCAUCAUCACCAAAAUCAGGCAGGAUGAGUAUACAGUCUGUUCCAUCAGACGAUGUUGCAGAACAUUCUAGAGAGAGCUGGGAUGGAAAAGGGACAGGUCCCAGUGGUACUCCAGCGGCGGGGAACAAGAUGUCUGAAGUUACGCAGAGAAGGUGCAAAAAUGUGGUUAUCAAGCUUCAAAGGAAAGUUGAGAAGGAAGGCCAACAAAUUGUCCCUCUCCUAACUGAUCUAUGGAAGAGGAUUGAAACAGGCUGUAUGAGUGGUGCUGGAAAUAAUCUCUUGGAUUUAAGGAAGAUUGAGCAGCGCGUCGAUAGGUCAGACUACGGUGGUGUCAUGGAGCUUGUGUUUGAUGUUCAAUUCACGUUAAAGGGUGCGAUGCAGUUCUAUGGGUUCUCACAUGAGGUUAGAUCUGAAGCGAGAAAAGUGCACGAUCUAUUCUUUGAUCUCUUGAAGAUUGCUUUUCCAGACGCAGAUUUCCGGGAAGCCAGAGGUUCACUUACGUUCUCUGGGCCUGUACCACCUACAUCCAAUGCUGGUCCAUCUCAAAGACAGACAGUGGCAAGCCAAGGCAAGAGACACAAGCAAGUAACUGAGGUAGAAACCGAUGCUCAUAAGCCAAUUCCUCAAAAAGGGUCUUCUAACCUCGGAGAGGACACGAGGAUCAGGGUCCAAAUUCCUCAAAGGGAAACAAGGCAGCAAGGGAGUGGAAGUGCAGGGAACCGAGAACAACAGCAGCAGGAUGAUUCUCCCUUGCACCCUGGGGAGUUGGUUAUCUGCAAGAAGAAGAGAAAAGAUCGGGACAAGUCCGUGGUGAAGUCUAGGGCUGGAUCAAGUGGCCCUGUUUCCCCCCCUAGCAUUGGGCGGAACAUGAUGAUGAGUCCCGGGGCAGGUUUGAUCGGUAGAGAAGGAAGACAGAGUCAUCAGCAGCAUGGCAGCAGCGGCCAUCAGCCACAGCAUGCAUGGAUUAACCAAUCUCAACCUGCGAAUAAUAAUGGCGCUGCUGGUGGUGGUAAUGUUGGCUGGGCAAAUCCUGUGAAGAGGUUAAGGACAGAUGCGGGUAAACGACGGCCGAGCCAUUUGUAA